CUCGCGAGACAGUUCUGAGGUGAAUACGCGAAUUGUCCCAUCUCAAUCAGACGCAAACCGUUCCUCUGGGAGCGCAACAUCUGCAUAUAUCGCCACUUUGAUGCGGCGCCACACGACCCUCGAGAAAAACAGAACUUAACCCAGUUGAAGUUGCACUUCCAAGAUGUGGAUACAAAUUCUCGUCCUAGUAGGAUGUUGGAAUACCUUCUCCUUAGGAGACCCCGAUCCAGAUGAUUCCAGAAAAAUAUUAGGAUCCAGCGUGGUUACCUCAGUCUCCGUCAUCAUGGACUCUGAGAAUGGUACAGGGGCCACAUUCUCCGAUGCAGUCGGUAAACCAGUAGCCAAACCCCCAGUCACCAAGCUGGCCAGUCCUAUAGAACUGCUGAAUCCGGAUAGGUAUGAAUUCUACACCUUCGAUGAGAGCGGCGACCUUGUUAAGAGACUGAUGACUCUGCAAGAGAUAAAGGCCAUCAUUGCAACCAGCGGAGAUGACGUAUUCGACAUAGACAACCUGGACAUCAUGCCAGAGAAGAGGGUCAACGAUAUCGUCAGUACUGUGCAGAAUGUACUGAGGGAAGAGAUGGAGUCCCACAAACUACCUGACACCAAUCAGCUGUUUGACACCCCGGAUGUUUCAGACUCUUGGAGUAUGAUAUUACCUGCUAUUUUUGGGAAUUCCGGUGAUGACAUAAGGCCCGAGAGGAUAGCUACAGGGAGUACUCCGGAAACUAUCAUCCUUCAACCUACGCAAACGGAACCUACCACCAAGAAACUGCCUCCACCCAGCACAACACCAAAGCUCACCACACUCAAUGAUUUCCUCUUGGAAAGUGUCAAAACAUCCACUGGUAUGUUAUCCACGAGUUCCACUCCGAGCACUUUUAAACAAACAACAAAUCAACCCGAAAUGACCCCUGGUAUGACAACCCAAAGAUACGACUCCCCAACACGAGAAACAACCACGAUAAAAGUGCAGAUAUUCCCCAAUUCAAACACGAAUCAUUUGGAAGAGCCCUACAGCAAAUUAUCAACGAGUGGUACCACUACCAGGCAGGACUAUAUCAGUACACGUACCCCAAAACCAGAAUUACCGAUGGAGUCGAGAGUGAGCAGUACGAUUUUGGAGCAAACAUCACCAAGUUCGUUCAUCACAAUCGAAUCCAGGAACAGUCCUGCAACACCACUAACAGAUGAGGGAAAUUCAAAGAUCAGCACAACUGAAAUUUCAUCUCCAGUUCCUACAGUCACACCAACGACUGGUGAAGGCUAUAAGACAUCUGAAACCAAGCGCAGUACACCAUCUACUACAAACACAUUGCCGGUACAAUCCAUAACAACCAGUAAAGUUCUUUCCGAAAGUACCAGCGUGGAACCAAUGACGCAACAAACCGAAAAAAUAUACAUUCUAGUUCGUCCGAUACCUUCUGCUAACACAAACAUUUCGACCACUACUAAAACUAUUGAAACUAGCGAGAAGAAAACAUAUACGACAACGAGUAACGCCCAAACUCCAUCUUCAACUACCCAAGCUAUAUUUACAGUUUCUUCACAAAAGCCAACCAUAGUUUCUGUAGCUUCCAAGCCACAAUCAACGACUGGAGCAAACACAGCCUCAACGUCUACAAAGAUUUAUUCCACAACCUCCAAAUACUCCACGAAGAGUGAGGAUGUGGAAGACACUAGCCUACCAGGGCUAUCCACCUCUUCAAUAACAGAAUUCCUAUCUUAUUUAACUUCUUCACCUUCAGUAAAACAAAAUACAACACUACCUACACUCGCACAAAUACUCAACAGUAAGGUUGAGUCCUCCCAAUCACUCCCGAGUUCCACAGAAUAUCCACCAUUUUCAACAUCUCAAUCUGUUACAUCAGAUACGUCAUCCAGGGUUUCCACGAGAUCAGACGCACAUGACAUGAGUACUCUGUCAGAAAAUGAACCGUCAACCAGUAAUGAUAUCUCGACAACCUACUCAACCAAUCCUGAAACCACUUACAUCAGGACAGAACCCAACUUUACAGAGGAACCAACAACUGAAAAGUUACAGACUGUUUUGAAUGAUACCAUUGUCAUGAAUAAGGAUAUCCUGCAACAGCUAUUACUCUCGUCAACAAAUGUUUAUGAAAUCAAUUCGGCAAUCAAUGAGGCUGUUACAGAUUCUCUAGACUCCACAUCAACAUCAGAUGAUUUCACGUCAACAUUACCCACGCAAAACAACGACCAAAACGCCGUAGGUAAUGAAACCUUACUAGAAAGUUUCAGCCAUUUGUUAGCUCAAGCUGUGAACAACGUGAACGGAGUAAUACUGAAGGAAAACGUAACUAGUCCACCACCAACCACUUUUGCUGCAUACACAGAUUCACAAACAACAUCAGAGCCGUCGACAGUCGUUUUCGAAUCCACAACCAACUAUAUCAGAGACACCGACUCAACAAAUUUUUCACAACUAACUGAAAAAGACGUUACAAAAUUUCAAAUUGCCACAGAAUCACCUGUAAAGGAGAAUAUAAGUUAUAUAAACGUACCUCUAUACAAUAAACGUAACAUGUCCAAGCCAGCAAAGGCUGAUUUGAGCUUGGAACAAGAUUACGAUAUGCUAAAUUUCAACCACACGGAAAUGCACAAGCUGGUACAGAAUAAAUUCCAAGUAUCUCCCCUUCCUACUACUCAAAAGAGUGUAACAGCUAUAGACGAACUUCCUUCAACAUCUACAGAAGCGAACACUGGGUUAGAACAGGAAGAAUCCCAAGGAACAACGCUAGAUGACAUCAACACUUCGAUUAAGUACAUGGAAACAACUCGAUAUGAAACGACUGAUCCCACAGAAUUUACCGAGAGUGAGCAGAAUGGUCAAACGACACUUGUUCCCUCAACAACACGAACUAAAACAGAGACUACAUCGUCUCCAUCCCUGUCUUCCAUAUCUGCAGAUACAGAAAAAGGUUCUUGGACUUUGGUUUCCACGAUCGCACCUCACAGUAAGCUUCCACUUCCUGAGAGCAAACCUUCCCUUGCACCUUUCCUAGAACCUACACCCACUGUUGAUUUAUCAAUGCAACCAAUGCAGGGUUUCGGCUUGGAAGAAAGCACAGCCAACUUAGAAUAUGACGUCUAUCAGUUCAUUCAGCUCUGCAACGAACUUGCAUUCGGUUUUUGGAAAUCAGUCACGACUGGAAUUAGCACAGCCAGAAGUGUUAUAGUUUCACCAUUCGCUGCCACGUCCCUCCUUGCUAUGGUCUUCUUGGGUGCCAGAGGAGCAACCUCUGGCGAAAUGAACGAGAUAUUGAAACUGGAUAAUAUGGUGACCUUCAACCCCCACUUGAUAUUCAAAACUAUCACGGAGUCCAUCACUACUGGUGGAGAUAGCGGUGUUGCUACUUCAGCUAUACUCAGGCAAUUGUACAGUGAUAAAAGUAGGGAAGUUAUACAGAACUUCUACAAGGAGAGAGCUAGGUUCUUUUAUGAUGGCCACGUAGAAGAGGUCAGUUUUAAGGAUAUUGGAGAUACUAUAAGGAGACGUACGAACUUGCUGGUGAAGAAACAGACCAAUGGUAAACUGCAGGAGUUUUUGAAGGAUGGCUCUGUUAGAGUGAGAUCCCCUCUGGCAGCCGUCAGCGCAAGCGUAAUGCAGACUGACUGCACGAAAGGAUCGAUUUCAGAUAGAGACGGUGAGCUCCAUUUUGUGGUAUUCCCAUCCCUGAAACAGAGAAGACUGAUCCCCAUACCUGCUGUAGUUUACAGGAGGGGAUUCUUGGCCGGAUACGAACCUAGCUUGGACGCCACUGCUGUAGCUUUGGGGGAGAAAGACGAUAAUUUGAGUUUCAUAUUUGUCCUCCCAGGAAAACAAGGGAUAAACGCAAUGGGUGACGGUUUGGCCAGGCUGGAAAAACGCCUGGUAGAGAGCUCCUUCCAGAAGGGAGCUUGGUCGAGAUUGCUGAGGUCUUUGGUGCCAAGACCAGGGUUGGAAGUGCAGAUACCCAGGUUUUCUCAUCGGUCAAUCAUCAACGCCACCUCAGCCUUGAAGCAGAUGGGGUUGAAAUCAUUGUUCGAUUUGAACAAAGCCGAUUUGAGGGGUCUCAAUGGGGUUGCUCAUGAUCUGUACCUUUCUGAUAUGCUCCAAUUCAACUAUUUCUCAGUUUGCGGCAGUACAAACACGGUCAACAACCACCACUCCGAGUAUUACCCUGCAACUUCAAGAAGAUCCCUGAGGAAACACAGAAGGUUGGAUCUUUUCGAACAACAGAAGAUUUUGCACGAUGACCCUCUGUUCAUCAUAGAUUACUUAUCUUUGCCGCUGAAUUUGAGACCAAGACAAGCGAGGGUACCACAAAAUCCUAGACUUAGGUUGGACAGACCUUUUCUGUAUUUCGUGAGGCAUAACCCAACCGGGUUGAUCCUGCAUAUGGGCAGGUUCAACCCGAGGUUAUUGCCAUGAAGGAUAAUAAUGUAUUGUAUAUAAAAAUUUACUGGAAAGAGUGACUUGGUGGAAUGGUUAGAAUGAAAUCUUUGACACACGAAAAUUCCUGAUGAUUUUUUAGAAAAUCUUAUCAUUUAUUUUUGUUGGUGAAUUCCUUAUUUCUACGGGCCUGUUUGAAGCGAGUCACAUCAAAAAGGGUUGAAAAAAUUCAUUAUGGGGUGAGGCUAGGAGAGAAGUGUAUUGUAGUUACAUGCCAUUUGAAAAAAUUAAGGAUGAUGGCAUGACAAAAGUGAUUUUUACAUUGAAUAUGAAUAUAUGUGUAGAUCUUUAUCGUUUGUGAAUUCUAUAUGUCGAAAACAUAUCCACAGAAAACGUUCAUCGAACUUUCUUUAUCUGGAAUCUGGAAAAAAGUUCGAAUAUGAUUCCCUUUCUGAUGUGACGCAGUGUUUACGAAGCUCUGAUGAAAUGAGCAUUAGAGGAGGCUUAAAUAAUUUUGAAAUCGAGAAACUGCCGAUUUAAUUUUUGAAAAAAAGCUUCGCACUUCCUUUGUGUGUACGUAUUUUAUGUUCGCAAUAAUUUUUAAGAUGCCUGUUUGGAAUAUUUUAUAAUUACUUAGAUUUCUACACCAUUUCACAGAUAAUUAUUCGCUGUAUAUAGUUUUCCAUGAUGAUUGUUCCAAAUUGUGAUAUUUUAUCGAUUAUUCAUUUCGCUUUAUCUUUGGUCAUCGAUCGAAAAAAUGUCAUAACAUAUAUUUUAUUUAUUUAUACUUGUUC